AUGCUGGGCCCCAUGCUCGCCAACAAGGAGGUGCGCGCCUGGCUCGAGAUCAUCGCGCCCGACAUUGUCCCCCCGCAGCCUGUUGUCAAGAAGCCGCCGCUUGCCGCCGCUGCGUCCUCCGUUCAGAAGCUCAAGCUGCCCUCCUCGGUCGACUGCCGCCCCGGCGAGGACGCCCACAGGAUAUUCAACGUUCUGAAGCCCAUCAAGCCGGUGCCUGACGACGACAUGUGGAUCUUUGCUGCAACUGUCAAUGCAGAGGCGUCAGAGGCCGACGCUCGUGCGCGCGAGGCCGAGUCACGCGUUCAUGCUGCCUUUGGCAAUGGCCGUCGUGGGCCAACGCACCUGUGGGAUCAGAAUGUGAGGCGCGCCGAGGCGCCGACCGCGACGCCGCCGUUUACGGAUUACGCACAUUACGGUAAUGGGUUUAGCGUUUUCUCUCACAACACAUGCGCAGCAGCAGGCCCGCAGGGCGGAAGCGGGUAG